ACUUCCGGCCCGGCCGCUCGUCCUCCGCCCUGUUCCCCUCCCGCUCGCCGUUAGGGAGGCUCUGCGCCUCAGCCGCCACCGCCUCCGCCUCCGCCUCCGCCGCUCCCGCCCACUUCUCCGCGUCUGCCGCCGCCGCUGCCCGGGGUCUCCGGGGGGUCGCUACCGGGCUGGCCCCGCGCCACUGCAGUCGCUUCAGCCUCGCGCUAGAGGCCGCUUCAGGAGGAGACCCGCCGGCCGCCGUGCCACUUAGGGCCUCAGUUCUCGCCUCGUCGACGUCGCCAAGGGUUCUGGAAAAGCGGCCAAGGCCGGGGAACGGGGCUUCGCGGUUCCAACGAUUAAGUUCUGAAGUACUGAUCGAGUUCUGCGUUUCUUCAAUGAGGAACUACAGGCUGAUCUUCUGCCAUAAUCUCAAACAGCCAUAAAUGACAGAACGAUGCUUGCUCAGUGAGGGAAGCUGGUGCAGAAGCCGUGUUUUAAACUUAGGUGUUUAAGUACUCAAAGGAGGUCUGGAGCAACAAGGGCUGUUUCAAGUCAAUGGGAAUGCUGAGACAGUGGAGUGGCUUCGGCAGAGAUACGACAGUGGAGAAGAGGUGGACUUGGUUAAGGAAGCGGACGUCCCCUCAGCCAUUAGUCUCCUUAGGUUUUUCCUGCAGGAGCUCCCUGAGCCCGUCAUACCUGGCAGCUUGCAUAUUCACUUGCUGCAGCUUUCUCAAGGUCUCUCCCUGAAUUUAGAGUUCUGAGUCACCUAGACUGGCUGGCCAGCAAGCUCCAGGGUUCCUCAUGACUCUGCCUCUCUGUCCUGGUAUUACAGGGACGUAUCUCUGUAUUUGGCUUCUUAUGGGAUGUUGGGGAUGCUUGUGCAGCAAGAAUUUUACUGACUUAAGCUGUCUCCCCAGCUUAAGAUAAACUGUUUAUACGUCUGUUGUCUUGCAGAAAUGGCCAAUAUUAUUAUGGCCCUAAAUAACCUUUUACCACUGUCCCCCUAUGAGUUAAUUUUAAGAAACCUGCAGAAAAAAAAAAGUAAUUUAUUUUGAAGUACCUCUGAGAAAUUCUCCAAAAUUAGAACAUCAUCCACUAACGGGGUUUCUAAAAGUCUAGUUUCUAUUAGUAAAAACUCAUUGCUAUAACAAACAUAAGGCCUAAUAGCUUCUGUGAUCUUAUGCACUUGGUAAAAAAAGAAACCAGAGCCAGGUAUGGUGGUUUAUGCCUAUAACCCCAGCACUGAGGCAGGAGGAUUGCCUAUGAGUUUUAGGCUAGCCUGGGCCUGUCAGUCUAAGCUACCAAGUGAGACCAUCUCAAAAACAAACCCAAAAAAUACAGAGAAGAAAACCAAAUGAGAAACAGAAAACCUUUCAGUUUAAUUGGACCAUAUCACUUAUGUUUAGUAAUUGUUUUCUGAGUGCCGAGAGAGCAGAAAAUCCUCUGUCACCCUGUUCAUUUCUUAUUUUCUUAUUUGUCCAUGAUGAAGACAAUUGUCAUUGAUAAUUGCUUGUUGAUGGCUCCUUCAUAGUUUUUGAUGAUUGGAGGUCAGUGUAUUUUGACUUCUUUGAGUUGGCAUUUGUUUGGAGUGUCAGGUAUAGUCCUGCAGGAGACAGCAUGAGGAAGAAUUAGAGACUUGAGGCACAUGAGUAACAAGUGGGGAAGACAUCCUGCAGUAAUUGAGGGGCUGAGUCCUUUAUCUCCACCUUCCCUUUAAACUCUUCUUUCACUUAAUAAGGGAAAUGCAAAGCCCCUAAGGGGUUUGGCCUCUCCAGAGGAAGUGAAGAGGUUUGAAUUGUUAUAGUAAAAAAAAGGAUGUGGGUGGAGUAAUGUGAGCCUGGCAAAAUAUCUGAGCUUUACUUUUUUACUUCAUUCAGAAAACCUGUCAUUAUGUUUUAUAGAUUAUAAUAAUGAAGAUGAAUUUGGAAGAAAGUUGAGGUUCCUCUUGCAACAGCUUCCACCUGUUAAUUACAGUUUGUUAAAGUUUCUGUGUAGGUUUUUAGCCAAUGUAGCAUCACAUCAUGAAGAAAUUUGGUCUGCAAAUUCUUUGGCUGCUGUUUUUGGUCCAGAUGUCUUCCACAUUUACACGGAUGUGGAAGAUAUGAAAGAGCAGGAAAUUGUGAGCAGGAUAAUGGCGGGACUUCUAGAAAAUUAUUACGAGUUUUUUGAGAAUGAAGAGGAAGAUUUUUCAUCAAAUGAUUUGAGUUCAAUUACUGAGCAGGUUAAUGAACUUUCUGAGGAAGAAGAGGAAGAUGAAAAGCUGGAGCAUAUAGAAGAACUUCCAGAAGAAGGUGUAGAAAAGUCAGCUGGCAUGCCAGAGGUGCUGCAGUUAAGGAUGACUGAAAACCUUCUGGACUCAGACAGUGUUACAGCAUCAACAAGGAUUGAUGCUGCUGCUGCUACUACUACUAAUGCCAGUGAUGGUAACAUUAAGUGUUCAAAACCUGUGGCUGGUACUACUGCAGAUAAUGAAGUCAUGCAGCAAGAUUUUGUAUUUGAGGAUCAGAAAAAUAAUGAGUCUGUAGGUAUACUGUUAGAGCCUUGUAGUGACCACGGGGAUAGUGAAGAUGGCUGUCCUGAGAGGAAGGAAUAUUUAUUAUGUGACAGUGAUAAAUUGCCGCACUUGAUUCUGGAUUCUAGUAGCAAGAUACGUGAUUUGAAUGCCAACACUGAAUUGGAAGUAACGGAAGGUCAGAGUGUUGGUGUUCAAGGAGAAGCAGCGUGUAUACAGAUUGCGCAGUUAGAUCUGAAGAACGUUUCUGAUGGUGAUAAAUGGGAAGAGCCGUUUCCUGCAUUUAAGUCUUGGCAGGAAGACUGUGAGUCUGGAGAAGCUCAGCUGUCUCCACAGGCUGCCAGGAUGACUCACCACCCCCUGGGAGAGGACUGCCCUCCAGUAUUAUCUCAUCGUAGUUUAGAUUUUGGGCAAAGCCAACGUUUCCUACAUGAUCCAGAAGCGUUGGAUUUCUCGUCAAAGGCACUUUCCUUCACUAGAAUUCGAAGGUCAUCCUUCAGUUCAAAAGAUGAGAAAAGAGAAGACAGAACACCAUAUCAGUUGGUCAAGAAACUUCAGAAAAAAAUCAGACAAUUCGAGGAGCAAUUUGAAAGGGAAAGAAAUAGCAAGCCCUCCUACAGCGACAUUGCAGCCAAUCCGAAGGUAUUAAAAUGGAUGACAGAGCUUACGAAAUUGCGGAAGCAAAUUAAAGAUGCAAAACACAAAAACUCUGAUGGAGAAUUUGCGCCUCAGACACGUCCUCGGAGUAACACUCUGCCAAAAAGUUUUGGCUCUUCUCUAGACCAUGAGGACGGCGAGAGUGAAGGUGAGCCCAGAGUCAUUCAGAAAGAGAAGACGCCAUCGAAAGAAGCAACUCUUGAGCUGAUUACCAAACGGUUGAAGGAGAACCGUGCCGAGCGGCACCUUCCUGAGGAUAUCAAGAAAAUGACAAAAGAUCAUUUGAUAGAAGAGAAAACGUCUCUGCAGAAAAGUCUGCUUUACUAUGAAAGUCAACACGGAAGGCCGGUGACCAGGGAAGAAAGGCACAUUGUUAAGCCUCUCUAUGAUAGAUACAGGCUUGUAAAACAGAUGCUGACAAGAGCUAGCAUUACUCCUGUCCUUGGUUCUCCUUCCACGAAGCGCCGGGGUCAGAUGUUACAGCCAAUCAUAGAAGGAGAAACGGCACACUUUUUUGAAGAAAUCAAGGAAGAAGAAGAAGAUGGUGUCAGCCUCUCCUCUGAGUUAGGUGACAUCUUGAGCACAAGCGUGCACACACAGUCGUCCUUGGAAAACUUAGAAUCUGAUGCUGAAGAAAAUCAAGAAAAACUGGCUCGGGAUCUCUGCUUAUCAAGUACCCGGGCAGCUUCUGUGCCUGAAUUACUGGAACAACUUUGGAAAGCCAGAGCUGAGAAAAAGAAACUACGUAAGAUGCUACGGGAGUUUGAAGAAGCGUUCUAUCAACAAAAUGGAAGGAAUGCCCAGAAGGAGGAUCGUGUUCCGGUGCUUGAGGAAUAUAAGGAAUACAAGAGAAUCAAAGCCAAGCUUAGACUUCUUGAAGUUCUUAUCAGCAAACAAGACUCUUCAAAAUCCAUAUAAAAUAUGUUCCUUGAAAGUUGACGCCAUAAAGUGCUUGUGUUCCCUGACAGUUCACCAUGUGUGCUUGGCUGUACUUGCGUUCACUUUGUCAGGCACUCAGAGAGUCCCAUUGUGUGCUUGUUUGUGGUUCCAGUAGGCAAGGAAAGCUGUUCCACAUUCCCGCAGAUCCUCUCCACACUUAGGAAACACGCAGGCUCCUUCAUUGUUUUACUGCAGACACGGCUGUUAGCAAAGGACAAGAGUUUUACUCUUUUACUUCAAGAACUUUGAAAUAAAAAGCUCUUCUGUUUACUUUUUGUUUUUUCUUUUGCAUUACUGAAGAAAAUUGAGAGGAAAAAAUCUUCAUACUGAAUGAAAUUCUUCGGUUGCCUUUUCUUAUAAAAUGACUGAAAAUGUAAAAGAAUAGCCUAUAAGUGUGACAUAUGGAACGGUAUUGUUUUUUUCUAGAAAACCAAACUGGAUUUUCAAAUCCUACAUUGGAACACCUUUCUGUGUCGUUCCCAAAGUGACACCUGCACAGAUAGCACUUAGCCAGGAUUUGCAAUUCAGUGGUCACAACUCCUGAACGGAGAGAAGCUCGAGUAGACCACAAAGCAACCUUGCUUAGUCAUUGCAACAUUACACACAUCACUCACAGAGCUGAAUCACAUCACAUGCUGCCUACAGGACUUCAGUUACUGUCACCAGCUGGCAAUGCUGACUUGUCUGGAUCAAUCCCUGUGCUGUCCCCAACCCACCUCCAGAUAAUGUGAGAAAAUAGCCAUGCCAGUGUGGAGGGACUUGGGUGGUGCUCAGAUCUGUGUGUCAUCAGAUGGGCCUCAAAAGAAUGAGCACACCUCAGUGUGUUCUCCAAGGGCUAGACCACUGCAGCUUUCCAGGUUUAUUCAGGGGGCUUCAUCUCCAGAUGACCACCGCUCGCUCGCCCGCCCAGUUGCUUGCUGUUCAGAGCAGCCGCUCACAGGAUGUGUAGUGGUAUGCUUCUUGUCGUAGACUCUUAGCAUCUUUUUUUCGUUUGGCUUUGCAUGGCUUUUCAGAUAAUCUGCUAAUCAUUUCUUACGGGAUAGUAACUUGUGUUAAUAUGACAGAUGUGGGUCAGGCUUCAUCUAAGUGGGUUGUCCCUCAUACCCCACCCCCACCCCGGUGCUUAUUUGAAUUGAUAAAUGUCUCACUUUGCCCAUGCUUUGCAUGUAAUGACUCAUGCAUGAUUUUCUUCUUAAUAGUUUGUUUCAUACAAAUAAAUGGAAUUUCACAACAUCUUUAAUAAGGUGAGGAAAGCAUGAACCUUGAACGCUGCCACUAUUAUUACCCAGUAAGAGCAGGAAGUAGUUUGAUAAGGAAUAGUGUGUCUACGUACUUCACAUUUCACUUGUGUGUGCAAUGCCUUUCUGGGGGAGAGGGAAAAUCCAGCAGUAGUGAGUGUGUAGUUGGAGGGUUUUUUUUUGUUAAGUACUGAAUCACCCAGCCUUGUUUGUGUGGUUUCCUUUUGAUAAUACUAGGUCAUUCAUAAUGUAUUUUUAGAAAAGUAAUUAAGAAUGCCAAAAAAACCCUGUAUCAUUUGAUUUGAACCCAUCAUGUGGUGUACUUUUUAGUUUUUUUUCCCAGACAGGAUUGCUACAUGUAAUUUUAUGUGCACUGUAUAUUUUUAUGAAUGUUUUAUUUUGUAUACCACAUGCAAAAAUGUUCAUGUGCACUAUUUAAAUGUUUUAAAUAAUAUAUUCCUUCUGUAUAACGCUAAAUCUAUUUGAGUACAAUAUUUUUAUAAGUCUGUAGCCUGACUGGUUUCGUUGAGUUACAGCUGCUUCAUAAUUUGGUCGUUGAGUUGUUAGUUUGGGCUGAAUAGAGUAGUGAAGUGGCUCGCACGCUUCCAUGGGCUUGCACUGAACUCAUGGUUAGCAGUGGGGAUAGUUAGGCAGCUUGCAAGAGGUUUACUUUGGUACAAAUAAAAAUUAUAUCUAUAUAUAAAUACUAUAUAGAUAUAGAUAUAUAUGUGUCCACCUUAUAAUUACAUUGCUGUGUUUGUUUGGCACUUCAUUGUACAGACUUUUAUAAUAAAAGAACUUUACUGUUCUAA